AUGUCGGAAUACACACUCCCUCCUCCCUCAGCAUUCAAGUCACUGACCGACGCCCAACGAAUCGAAAUCAUCACCCAUCUCUUUGAGCAAUCGCCCGCCCUCGAGAACCUCAUCACAAGCCAAUUCGACACCGCAGACAGCUACUCCGCAUUCAUCUCCUCCACCCGCACCCUCCUCCUCGACCUCUCCAGCGUAGCCCUCACCGACCCCUCCUCUAAAUCCGCAUUACUCGAGAUCCUCGCCGCGCAUCCCCGCCUCGGCGCCCGCAAAAUCACGUCAGAUCACUCGGUCGCCGAGCAAAAGAGUCUGCAGGGCGAGUCCGAGGCGCUCGCGAAGCUUAACCAGGAGUAUGAGGAGAAAUUCCCGGGACUGAGGUAUGUCGUCUUUGUCAAUGGACGGCCGAGGGACGUGAUUAUGGCGAAUAUGAGGGAGCGGAUCGCGCGGGGGGAUUAUGAGCUGGAAAAGGCGGAGGCAGCGAAUGCUAUGUGUGAUAUCGCCACCGACAGAGCCAGAAAGCUCGGUGCGGAUAUCUAG